CACAAUCUCUCUCUCUCUCUCUCUCGUAAAUGGUGCUCAGCUCAGAUCAGAUGGGUUCCUUUUUGCACUUAGCGGUUCCUCCUGAUGACGGAAACCUUGGUCCUAUUCCAGCAUCCCAAGUGAAGGAUGAGAAGCAAUUGGGUGAGGAGGUUAGCAAAACCACAACCAACUUGUCUUCUUCUUCUUCUUCUUCUUCAGUUUCGACGCAUACUAGGGCUAUUGGGAUCAUUCAUCCUCCCCUAGAAAUCAGAAUCGUUCUCGACAAAACUGCCGAAUUCGUGGCAAAGAAUGGACCCGGAUUUGAGAAAAGGGUCGUUGCUGAGAAUACUGGAAAUCAAAAGUUCAACUUUUUGAUUUCCUCAAGCCCUUUUCACGCAUAUUAUCAGCAUCGCUUGCUUGAGUUCUGUGCUAAAAAUCAGUCUUCUGGACAGCAACAGCAACAGCAACCUUCUUUGCAGCAGCCUGCAGCAGAUCCCUCUGCCCAGUUUAAACCAGUGCUCAAAGUGCUCGAAACACCCGAAGCUGAGGAGUAUACUGUUCGGCUUCCUCAAGGAAUUACUGGGGAAGAUUUGGAUAUUAUUAUGCUCACAGCCCAGUCCGUGGCUCGAAAUGGGAAAUCGUUUUUGACAGCAUUGGUAAACAGGGAAAUCAAUAACCCCCAGUUCCAUUUUCUGAUGAUUCGUACCCCUAGAAUGUCUACGUUUUUCUCUUUUCUUGUAGAUGCGUAUUCGAAGGUGGUGAUGCCGCCCAAGGGUUUGACAGAGAAGCUUAAGAAAAGUGUUGCAGACAUGGAAACUGUGCUUGAAAGGUGUGUGCGUCGGCUGGAGUGGGAACGUUCACAAGAGCAGGCAAAGCAGAAGGCUGAAGAUGAGAUUGAGCAGGAAAGGAUACAAAUGGCUAUGAUUGAUUGGUAUGAUUUUUCUGUGAUUGAAACAAUAAACUUUGCCGAUGAUGAAGACGAGGAUUUACCUCCUCCAAUGGCCCUUGACGAGGUUAUGAGGAGAAGCAAGGUCACUGAUAUGGAAGAAGAUAUUGUUCAGCCUGGUGAGCAGGUGGAAAUGGAAAUGGAUGAAGAAGAGAUGCAGCUUGUUGAGGAGGGCUUCAUGACAGAGGAUCCAGAACCACCACUGAGAAUUGUGAACAAUUGGAAGAGACCUGAGGACAGGAUCCUUGCCCAAAGAGACCCAACAAAGUAUGUCAUUUCUCCAAUCACUGGGGAGCUUAUCCCUAUCAAUGAGAUGUCUGAACACAUGAGGAUUUCUCUAAUUGAUCCAAAAUAUCAAGAGCAGAAAGAAAGGAUGUUUGUUAAGCUUCGGGAGACUACGCUUGCUCAGGAUGACGAAAUCUCAAGAAACAUUCUGGGCCUUGCACGAACCCGCCCUGACAUUUUCGGUACCACAGAGGAAGAAGUUUCUAACGCAGUCAAGGCUGAGAUUGAAAGAAAGAAAGAUGAGCAACCACAACAGGUCAUCCGGGAUGGUCACACUGAAAGCACUAGCCGCACAGAAAAUCAUGUCCUUAACAAUGAUGCAAGAAACCUUCCUGGUCCUGCAGCUCCUCCUCUGUCUAGACCCCGAGUUGUCCAAUAUCAAUCAGUUAGACCACCCCCACCCGGUUCUCGGUUUACAGUCAUGCAAGUUCCCCGAGCUUAUAACCCCCUUGCUGUUCCUCCACCUACAAUGCAGAUGAUGCCACCACCACCAUUGCCUCAGGGGAUGCCUCCACCACCACUUCCAGAAGAACCUGCGCCAAAGCGGCAGAAGCUUGAUGAUUCUACGCUUAUUCCAGAAGAUCAGUUUUUGGCACAGCAUUCGGGACCCAUCCACAUCACAGUAUCCGUCCCCAAUGUUGAUGAAGGUAAUCUGAAGGGACAACUUUUGGAGAUUAUGGUGCACUCUUUAUCUGAAAAUGUUGGAAGUCUGAAAGAAAAAAUCUCUGGGGAGAUCCAGCUUCCUGCAAACAAGCAGAAACUGAGUGGAAAACCUGGUUUUCUCAAGGACAAUAUGUCGCUUGCAUAUUACAAUGUCGGAGCAGGAGAAACACUUACUCUUUCAUUAAGAGAGCGUGGUGGAAGAAAGCGAUUUCAUUAAGAGAGCGUGGUGGAAGAAAGCGAUGAAACAGAUUAAAUAACCAGGACGAUUAAGGUGUCGUAUCUAAUACAGAUUUGGUGCCUCAGCGAGUGUCUCUGGAGGACAAUGGGAAGUAGAUCAGUUCCUUUUGCUUAGCCAGAGCAAGUCAUUUGCUUAUAUAUCUAAUUACGGCUUUUUUUUGCAAUGCAGUUUUUUUCUCUGGAAACGAUGUGCCUCAUAAUCGUAUUAUGGCUUUGAUAUCCAUAGAAGCAUGAUUGAUGUCAGAAGACCUUUGUUUGUUUAAAUUAUUUUUGAUGUUCACUUCAAAUUUUGUUGCUGAAAUAUUUUUCUCUUUGAUGAAUGUUUGGUAUUUUGGGCGUUAUCUAAGUAUGUAGUUUCAUUUUGUAGGGUUAAGCUAUACUGUGCACUUAUCAAAGGGGUGAUGCCUCUAGAAACUUGUAUUGUUUUGCACUCAUGUUAUCCUUGAACCAGCCAAUAGCAAGCAGUGGCUGGUAGAGUUGGUGUUUUCUGAUGUUGGUUAACUGCAGGACAAACGCUUAGAGCUACUUGUUGGGACUCAUAAAAUGGUCUGUGCAACCAGUUAGAUGUGUCUUCUUCUUUAAGCAUCUAAGCCAGUAUACUGAAAUCCCCCUGAACUUGUAGCUACUUCUCGACUAGUGUAAUCUUUGUUUUACCGUUGAUCCAUAUAGGUUCCACAUCUCAUCAAUGGGCAGACCUUACCAAAAUCCGAUGGAAGAAUACUGGUUCAUGCAUCAUCACUUUCGAUGAUCGUUCUUCAGUCGGUUUUAAGUUACCAAAGCAGCGUGCAAGUAACCUUUUCAUGUCAGUUUGAGCACCAAUCUCUUAUAGUCACAUAGCUAGUUGUAACUUGGAUUGUAGGGUGGAGGAUGUAAGCUGGUAUCUGGUGAAUGAGCUUGACCACCAGUUGGGUUUAUGAGUUGUCUUGGAAACAGAGUGGUGGUUGCGUCAAUAUAGGCAUCAAGGAAAAGAUUGCAGAAGUCAAGAAAAGAAGAAAUUGCAUUGAAUUAGGAAGGGUCAUGAAUCGCGUUGUGCUUGCUUACCUUAAGUGUGAUCGAAAUCACAAGUGAAUUACAUAUAUUUCUAACUUAAGAAUUAAUGACAAGUGACUUAUAGCUUAAGUGAUUAAGAGUAGUUAUCCCUACACCCUGAGGUCUUGUGUUCAAAUUCCCCCUCGAUAUCGCUUAUAAUUGCUGUUGUAUUGUAUCCAUGAUACUGUUUUUGCCUUGUUGGAAAAUCUUGGUCGUGUUGACAAGUUUCAACAGAGUUGUUUUACUUGUUAUUCUAAUAAGAAAAUAUAUGGGGAAAUUGAGUUGGCCAAAGAAGAGAUUAUUAAUGUGGGAGAUGUGCGUCUAGUCUUAUUAUUUGCAUAUGAAUUAUUGGAGGAUUAGCUAACCAUUAUAGUCCUCCCACUAAAGACAGUUCAUGGAGUUAAAUUAUUCGCCUUUAUGGUUAUGAGGGAAGUCAUAGUGUGUUUGCUUUUUGUUGGGUUUAAUUAUAUAAUAGUUUUAGGGGAAUUUUUAUUUAAA